CGAACGUAACACUCCGCCCUGUACAGUUGUCAAUAUUUUGGUUUUUUCCGUAUUUUUUAGAAAUUAAUCAAAAUUGUUUAGUAAAAAGGCGAAAUGAUGACUUUGUAACCUUUUUUCGGUAAACAAAAUUGAUUUACGCCUAAAAUAUGUCCGUUUUGUUUAAAUGUUGUAAUGCGUAAAAAAUGCUAAAAUGGAAAUAUUUUGUAUAACUGUAAGGUCAAAAUUACUACCACUAACAACAAAAAUAUUGGUUUCGAAUCGUAAUUAUGCCAGGUUAGCUGAAGUGGGUCGUUUGGAGACACCCAAAGUGACUGGAAAGUAUGAAACCGGUCAACUGAUACUGCACAGGGUGUUCGGUUAUCGCGGGGUCGUUUUGUUUCCUUGGUUGGCCAGGGUUUAUGAUAGAGAUUUGCCUCAGCAUCGGGAAGGAGAUGAGGAACCUUCCACAGGGGUUGGAAAGGAAGUUCGGGGAAGAACUCAUACUUUUUAUCAGGUUUUGAUUGAUCAAAGGGAUUGCCCAUAUAUUAGAGCUCAAACUGAAGCUGUGACAUUCUUGGGCAACCAAGAAAGUUCAAGAAGUUUAUACGCCAUCCCCGGCUUAGAUUAUGUUGCUCAUGAAGACAUAAUUCCCUAUGUUAGUGCGGAAAAGUCGCCCCUAAACCACGAACUGUUCGACAAGUUUUUGAGCAGAAAUCCAAACAAGGAUCCUCCUUUUGUCGCUCAAGAUACCCUAAAAGCGUGGCAAAAUAAGAACCAUCCCUGGUUAGAGUUAUCCGAUGUUCAUAAGGAAACUACCGAGAACAUUCGCGUGACUGUUAUACCGUUUUAUAUGGGGUGCAGGGAAUCGCACGCUAAUUCUGUAUAUUGGUGGCGCUACUGCAUUCGCCUGGAAAACCUGGGCCAAUUGAGCGUCCAGCUACGCGAACGUCACUGGCGCAUCUUCUCCCUAUCUGGGACACUGGAAACAGUCAGGGGCAGGGGCGUGGUGGGGCAGGAACCCGCCCUAACUAAAACCCUUCCCGCUUUCCAAUACAGCAGCCACGUCAGCCUGCAGGCCCCUAGCGGACACAUGUGGGGUACCUUUAGAAUGGAGAGGGAGGAUGGUUAUACGUUCGAUUGCAGAAUUCCUCCGUUUUCGUUGGAAAGUAAGCCGGAGGGAGGCGCCGCUUCACCGCCGGAGAAUCUUUGACUUAAUUUAAUACCUUAAGAAAUGAAUUGUAUAUAAUUAUUUAUAAUUAUAGUUUGCUACACU